AUGUCUCAAAACCAAGCCCUUAUUCAAGAUCUGGUCCAUUGGGGAGAAGUGCAGGGAUCGUACCUCAAUCCCAAUGUCGAGAUAUACCAGGACCCUGUAACGGGACUGUCCUUCAGAGCGAUCAACAACCACACUUCUGGGUCGAAGGUAGCCACAUGUUCGUAUCAGACAUCUCUCUCGUACCUCAACGCCAUAGAGACACAUAAGUUUCUUCGUCAUAGCGAGCCAUUCCCGGCAGAAUUUUUGAACACUUUGAGUCGAGACGACCCGAAUAUUAUCGGUCACUUCUUUCUCAUGCAACAAUAUCUCAUGGGAGAAGCGUCGUUUUGGUGGCAUUAUAUCAGGCUUCUCCCCCAACCUGAUCAGCCCCAGAGCCUUGGAAUACCCAUCUGGUGGCCCCAAGCCGAUCGAAGAUUCCUCGAUGGAACGAACGCAGAACCGCCACUACAAAAACGAAAGGACCUGUGGAAGGCCGAGUGGAGUAAAGGUAUCGCCAUCCUUCGGAAUCACUUAACAAACUGGCGAGACUAUAGUUAUGUCAUUUACCAAUGGGCUGCUACUAUAUUUGGGAGCAGAAGUUUUCGUGCAUCGUUGACAAUACCAGAAGGCUUUCUGCAAGAUGCUCUAAACUUGGACCAUGUCAGAAGGGAUCGAUUCUCAGUUCUUCUUCCUAUUUUGGAUAUUGGAAACCACAAUGGUUUAAACAAUGUGGAUUGGAUACCGAAUAAUGAAGGACUGAGCCUGUCGAUCCGUGACUCAGUUCCCCAAGGCAGUCAGAUCUUUAACUACUAUGGAAACAAAUCCAACAGCGAGCUUCUAGUGGCUUAUGGGUUUACUCUUCCAGCAAACUCACUGCCCAAUCAUCUUGAUCGAGAUGUUGUGAAUUUGAAAUUGAAGCCUAGUCCGGAAGUUCUGUCUUUGCGUCGGACUCAGCGCUGUCAUGUAAUCCCUCCUGUGGAAGAAGAGGAAUAUACUUUUGCAGUUCAAAAGCAACCUUUUCGUGAGAGUGGUUUGGAAGAUCUCAGGGUCUUCUCAGAUGGUCUGAUAGACCUCAUUAUAUGCAUGGUAGCCAAUAACCGUGAAAAGCGAUAUCUUUCAGCCAACCCAGAAUACUGCCCAGAGAAAGAUGUGAACCUGAUCGGAGGUUGUCUAACUCGGAGCACCUUACAGGCUUUGUAUGUUUUACAUCUCAAGCUUGGCAUUGAACAGAGGAGGAUCAAAGAAAUAGAAAGAGAUCUGCCGAGCCCAGCGAACAACAACCAGAGAUUGGCAAUGGACUACCGGAAUCGACAGCAUGCGGUUCUGUCCUCUGCCUCCCACAAACUUGGGAUACGGCUCGAUUUAGCAUUAGGGUUCAGCUCUUUCUGCCAACAUGCAGACCACCAAGCUUCAAGUGGAUCUGGCGACGAGCACCCUACUCACAUGCACCUUCACGUGGAGUUGUUGUCUCUCGAGUGUGCGUUUGAAUGGCUGCGCCUAAACUACCAGGAUAUCUUCGAUGCUGUUGUAAAGAUGAUAGCCGAGGACCAGGAGGAAUCACUGCCGCUGAAUUGGGCCAUCCUUGUUGAGGAGUGGGAUCAUUCCUAUUGGAUCGUGUGGAUAUUUACCGUCUGGUUGCUGUGGGCGCGGGACGGAGAAGCAUUCAGACAGCGCCACAAGAAUCUGAGUUCUUGGCUAUCAUAUAUGAACGAAGCCUUCGAUUCCGAGCUGGCCUUAAAUGAUGCCGCCGAUACUCUCUACGCCGACCCAUCAGAACAAGAGACAAUCAACCUAAUGACGGAAGGCAUUGCACGUAUUCCCCAAUUAAUCAACUCAGAUCUAAGGGAAUGGUUAGCAGACCCCUCAUCCAUCACGAGGCUGCGGAAUUUCGCGAGUUUCGUAGCGCAGGAAGAAACGUUCUCUGUGCGUUACAAAAUGCAGGAAGGCGCACGGCCACUCGUCGAGCAGAAGGUUCUUUGUAUAACCAAGAGCACGGAGAGGGGGGGAGCACAGAGCGCGGCAGGGGCUUGGACGCGCUUCUUUGAACAGGGUCCCAGACUUAACUAAACUUGUAAUUGUUCUAAUAGUACGGUAUUCCGUGUUGUGUGAUUGAUUGGCCUCUAUCGAGUGGAG